UCGAAUCAUCGUGUCCAGUCUCCUUAGUCACUCGUUGAUUCUCCAAAUCUGCUCCUACGUGAACAUCUUAUCGUUCUCCAUACACUCGUAACUUUAAUUACAUAAAUGAGAUCAUGCAUGAUAGAUCUUCUUUCCUUGGUAGGAUGGUAGAGGAACCCGCGUUUAGGCCAAGAGAGAAGCUGAUCGAGAAGCAAAAAAUGUUUCAAAGCAUCCAUAAACCCACGUAUCUGAAAGGUCCGAUGGACAAGGUUACUUCGAUUGCUAUUCCUAUUGCAUUGGCAGGAUCUUCCAUAUACCUCAUUGGGCGCGGUAUCUAUAACAUGUCCCAUGGGAUCGGAAAGAAAGAAUAAGCGUAUGAUGAAGAGGCUACCUGCGUGUAUGAUCUCCAUCUCCUUGUGUUGCAUCCAUCUUAUCAAGUUUCUAGUUUUGUGAAAGCUUUACUUGUGUGUUACGCUACUACUAAUGUAUCAUAGAUCGUACUUACUAUGUAAUAAGUGAAGGUUUAUAAGUGAAAGUUUGAUUCUAAAGGAAA